AUGGAGCCAAUUAAUAAAGUUCCUUUGCCAUUAGAACCAAUAAAAUCAAAUCAAGUGGAGGACAGAAGAUUGUGGGUGGGCAAUUUAGAUUUAAGAAUUAAUGAGUACCAACUCCUAAAACUCGUCCAAAACCAUGGAACUAUUGAAAAGUUCGACCUCCUAUUCCACCGGUCUGGCCCACAAGCUGGUCAACCAAGAGGAUAUGCAUUUGUUACGUACAAAACAGUUCAGGAUGCAGAGGCAGCCAAAGAUGCUUUACACAACUUAAAAGUAGGAGCAAAGAAUAUUAUCGUCAGAUGGGCUCAUAGUGUAUCAGAGCCUGACAUAGAUAAACCAAAGCCAAAAAUAGAUAUACCUGCUUUAGCUGGUGCUAAGAAGGAAGACAAAAGAAUAAGUCGUGAAACAGCAAUUCAAGCUAUAGAAGCGAAACUAAAAUUAAUGAAAGAGUCGGAAGAAGAAUUUGAAUUAAACAAACCUUUAAAUGGAUCACCCAUAAUACAGUUAUAUCAGAAACCAGAAAAUCCAAAACCGUCCACAUCAACUCGUUAUCACAAUCGAAAUCACCAUCAUAACAAUAAGCCAUAUAAUCGUUAUAAACCCAGAAGAUAAUUCGAAUCCCAUUUUUUAUUUCAUAACGUUAUGAUUAAGAAUAAUCGAUUUAUUCUUUUUGACCAACA